AUGGCUGGCAGAAGUUUGGAGGCCGUCGAGAACAAGAAGAGGGGCCUCUUCGGUAUUCCGGAGGUGGGGUUGCAGUGGAAACAGGAGGAGUGCUUCCACCCAGGGGGAUUGUUCGCGAGCGUCGGGCAGGUGGGAAUGGGAUUCGGCAUGUCCUCCAAUCCCCCAACCUCCAAGGAGAAGGGCCUGAAGAUUCCCUACACCGAUUUAUAUGUCAAGUACGUGUCGCCGGAGUUUAGAUACCGGCCGGUGGGGACAUUAGUGGAAGCAGGGGAGUUGGCGGAAGACGGGCAUGAAUCACAGAGGAAGUCGCAGAGGAAAGGCGGGCUCAAGUUCAAGUUCACGGUCGCAAACGCCUCCCUGAGAAGGCUAAUCAGCGGAGCCAUCGCCGGGGCGAUUUCGCGAACCACGGUGGCGCCCUUGGAGACAAUAAGAACGCAUCUCAUGGUGGGCAGCGGCGGCGACACCAUGACCGAAGUGUUCCACAACAUAAUGACGCAUGAAGGGUGGACGGGCUUGUUUCGGGGUAAUCUGGUGAACGUCAUCAGGGUCGCCCCGGGCAGGGCAAUAGAGGUGAGAAAGCAAGACCAUCAUAAAAAUUACCUGCUUCGUAGGCCUUUUGCAUUUCGACUUCAUUUGCUUUUUUCGUUGUCGUUUUUGAUCGCCCCCACCUGCUCAGAAGGGUUUUUCUUCUCAAAAGAGAAGAGAAAUUACCCGAUGCGAAGAACAUGAAUUUAAUUAUCGUGAUCACUGACGAAGGUAGUGUGUCCUCCUGUGGGCUUGUAUUUUCUGCAUGGAUGUUUUUCUUCGCUGAAUCUUCUCUAAUCUCUGGAACUUCUCUCUCUGUUCAGCUUUUUGUUUCUUCUUUAAUAUUUUAUCACUGUUUUUCUGUAAUUCCCAGUAUGGGAGAGUGAAUAUGGGAACUUUUUUUCUCCUGAAACCGAUGGUUAUGGGGACUAAGGUCGCCAGUUUCAAUCAUCUCUUGGAACAGCUGAAGCUGUUCUUGACAUAAGCAGUGAACACCUACUUUCAGAAGAAAAAAAAACGGAGGUUAUCAUUUUCUUGGUGCGUCAAGGACGCAAGACAGAUACAGCCCCUGCUGUUGUGGAGUGGAGACAUGACUAGAGCUUUGAUGCGUUUCAUAUGUGUGAUUAUUUUGACACCAAUGUACCAGUAAGCUUGGCUGGUUCCACCCCACGCUGACAUUUUUGCAGCACUUGCCGCUUUCCCUCACCUGCGUGUUUCACUUCCUUUCUUAUUAGUCAAGGUUUUGCGACUUGAAGCCCAUGGUUAGGAUAUCAAGAUUGGUAAUGUCAGGGCGCGCUCUGCUCAAUUCAUGGCUCCCCAAGAAAGUGGGAUGUCUUGACACCGACGCCAGUCUUCCUUCUGUGUCAUUGCUGAGCUAGUAUGGAUGUAGCUCAGUGUAAGCUUACGUAUCACCACAAGUCCUGACAUGUUAGCUCGAGGAGUCUCGCUUCAUCGGCCUGUAUCCUGUGGAUGAUAGAAUACAGGCAUCAAAUUAGGUAAAGUUAUCCUGGGACGAGUAACUUCAUUGAUGAUCAUUUCAGUGGAGCAAGGAAGGUAUGUGGGGUUGUUACUUGUUCUGGCGGAUCAGAUUGCCUUGGUUUUCUUCGCUUUAUCUCUCCUAUACGUGUUGGAACGGUGAGAGGUGACUGCAGCUCCCAUGCUGUGGUCAACACCUGUCGGUUGCUCCUAUGGCCACUGGCGCUAUUGCGCCCACCAAUUGGCAAACGAGGUGAUACAGAAGGCUGACUUCUUGAAUGAGAUGAAAGAAUAACGGGUUGGAGCAUAAUUGUGUCGAGCAUCAUCCGCUACUCAUUCUGUCUUUGAGGAUUUUGACUGAAUGAGUGAAACUAACCUGUUGUUGAAAUGGCUUACCUGGUUACGCUGGGGCUCUUAUUGAUCGCGAAAGAAAACUAAUUAUCCACUUAAUCGGACCCAAAUAAAAUUUCGUGUCGUAGUACACUUUUCAUAAAGAAAUAUAAAAAUUCGGAGCAUUUGACUUUUUUUAAUAUUUCGAUUUGCAUUUGAGAAACUAUGGAACCCACAUUCGUGUAAUUUAUGCCUGUUUAUAGCACCUUGCCAUUUAGUCAAUUUAGAUGUUCUAAGGUGAAUGGGCAGAUCAUUUUUGUGACUAGUUUACGUUCAUCUGCCUUGUGUUUUCAUUCCUUGAGCUGUGAUAGCAACACUCGUGGGUCUAAUUGUUCUCUACUUGCCCAAGGCUCACCAUAAUUGCUUAAAAAAAUCAUUGCUUGCAGUUGUUUGCUUUCGAGACGGGCAAGAAGUUUCUGACCCCUGAUCCUGGGGAGCAGCCCAAGAUCCCCCUGCCUCCUUCGCUGGUUGCUGGAGCCAUGGCUGGAGUCUGCUCAACAUUGUGUAUAUACCCUCUGGAACUGCUCAAGACUCGGCUAACCAUUGAGGUACUCCUUCGAGCAGGAUCGAACAACACUCAUCAAUAAGAUUUAUAUGCCGUCUACUUGGAGGGGUAGGUUAAGGAUGAUUUCCCCGUGUGAUUUUAUCUAUUGCAGAGAGAUGUGUACGACAAUCUUCUGCACGCAUUCAUCAAAAUUGUGAGAGAAGAAGGGCCUGGGGAGCUGUACAGAGGGCUCACCCCGAGUGUGAUAGGAGUGAUACCGUAUGCCGCCACCAAUUACUUUGCUUAUGACGCCCUGAGGAAGGCCUACAAGAGGAUUUCCAAGGAGGAGGACAUCGGCAACCUUGCGACCCUUCUGAUCGGGUCGGCGGCCGGCGCCAUUGCGAGCAGCGCGACCUUCCCACUGGAGGUGGCUCGGAAGCACAUGCAAGUAGGUGCUGUGGGAGGCAGGCAGGUCUACAAGAACAUGCUUCAUGCCCUCGUAUGCAUAUUCCAGCAAGACGGCGUUGGGGGGCUCUACAGGGGCUUGGGACCGAGCUGCAUUAAGUUGGUCCCUGCUGCGGGGAUUUCAUUCAUGUGCUACGAGGCAUGCAAGAAAAUAUUGACAGAGAAGGAAGAUGACAUCUGA